AUUCAUAAAUGAACUAUCAUUCUCAACAACAUAAUGUUUAAGAUCGUAUCACUGUUACUGUUGGUAGUUUUGGUGUCCUUCAAUUGCUCUGCAUUUUAUCUCGAAUCAGAUGAAGAAAAUAGGAAAGUAUCAGGAUGGGAGCAUGUUUUUGCAUACAAUAUUUCCUCUGUCAUUCCUCUACACCAUUACGGCCCCAAAAGUUAUUACUUAGGAAUAGGAGUGAAAGCAAAGUAUAUGCAAGCCAUGCAGUUUUGUGAUAAUAUCCAUAUGAAAUUACUUACCAUCAGAUCACGUGAAGAGAAUGACAGAAUUCAAAAAUAUAUUCGAGAAGCAAACAAAGGUUCCGAUGAUUUUUGGACAUCAGGCUCCAAACUUCUUGAUGGUCGAAACUGGGUAUGGAUGUCCCACGGUGAUGGCAUCCAGUACACCAACUGGGCUCCAGGUGAGCCCAAUGAUGAUCGUUCCCAAUGCAUCAGGCUGUCUUCAAAGCAUGGAGAGCUCUACUGGCACGAUAGCAGGUGUGACGAAAGUCGGUUCUUCAUAUGCGAACGGUAUUCGGCCUCAGAAGAUGUCACUGGCGUGGACACAGAACCAACAAUAACAGGUUGGAUGCAGAUGUUGACAGGAGCUUCAUCUAACAUUGGUCUUCUGCACUAUAAUAACAAAAGAUAUUUCUUUGCCAGGAAUUUCAAGACAAAUUAUUUGCAAGCAAUUCAGUUCUGCAACAUAAUCAAGAUGGAGCUGGUUACCAUAUCAUCUGCAGAGGAAAACGAUAGGAUAUAUAAAUACAUUCGUGAUAUAAAUGGUGGGACUGAUUGGUGGACCUCUGGCACCAAGCUUCUGGACAGCAAGACCUGGAUCUGGUUGACCAAAGGGAGUCACGUGGAGUACACCAAUUGGCUUCCAGGGCAACCAGAUGGCAAUGAUGAACUUUGCUUGCAACUGGUCCAACAGAAAGACAAAGGGCUUUUUUGGAAAGACAGUAGGUGUAGUGAGACUUGUCAUUUUAUCUGUGAAACAACUUGUGACAACGAUGAUUGUGCCGAUGGAGGAACUUAUAAUGUUGGGAGAAGCCAGGGAGGGAAUGUGAAAGCGAUCAGAACUACCACUGCAAUACCUAAAAGGAAAUAUACUUCUACUCCUCUACUUGCUGAAGAAGAAUCAAUGAAUGAUGAUGAAUGGAAGUACAAAAUCACGAUGACUUCUUCAGGAUCUAUAUCGUACGAUUACGUUGAGGGACAUAAAUAUCACAUGGAAAUUGAUCUAAUAGCAACUCAAGCACAAGCUGAAAUCUACUGUGAAUAUCACAAUAUGCAGCUAAUCAGUAUCUUUAAUAAGGAGGACAAUGAUCGUAUCAAACUGCUGAUGAUAGAUUCAAGUGUACCAGGACCAUUUUGGACGUCGGGCAGAAAAAUAGAUAGUGUCUGGACCUGGCCUAUCGGCUCUCAACAAUUAUCGUAUGCCAACUGGGCCAGAGACCAACCUAGCUUCAAAACGGAUAAAAAAUGCAUUGAAAUCGAUCAUGAUGGAGAAUGGCUGGACGAGAAUUGCUACGAAAGGAGACAUUUCAUUUGCGAAAUGCCUACAGGACCUAGAUCUGGAAACAUUGCUGAUAGUAGAAAAAUUUCUGUUAGUCAGUGUAGCACUGAACCGGUCAUCAAUGUGUAUAUCAGCAACAAUGUUAUAACAGAGAAUGGCAGAGAAGAGGUUUCGCAGAGUUUCUUGACUUCCAAAGACGUCGAAAUUAGUGAAACCGGAUACCACGUACAUGUCAGUAAUAAUAUUGAAACUCCUGGAUCUGAAAAAAACAAUGAGAUAUAAUAUUCCUAAGUGUAUAAUAGAAUGUUCCA